AAAAAAGAAAAAAGAAAGCGUUGGCAACGGGUCAUCAUCAGCGACGCCAAGCUACCGCCAUGAAGUGGCGGAGAUUGAGAAGGAUAGAAUCAGAGGAACAUGAGAGAAGAGAAGAAAGAAAGAGGAAAAAGAUAAAAAAGAAAAAGAAAAAGAAAAGAGUGGAUGUUUUCAGCUGGCGGGGCGGGCCCCGCAGAAAAAAACCCGCGCUCUUUCUAUCAAUUUAAACAUACUCAGCCACUCAGCUGCCCUUCAAUAUUCACAACCUCUCCAGCUCUCUCAGCUGUUGCACGCAUGGAUUAAUCCCACAUGGAUCAAAGUGAAGAGAUGAGAGAUGACGAGUGCUUGUCUGGCUCAGCCUCGCCAUUGUUUUCUCCCAGUGAAGGAAAUGAUAGCUCUAAACAUUUGCUACCAAUUUGGAGUAGUCCAUCUCUGGAGUUGGUAGAUGAUUUGUCAUCUACCCAGGAUGUUGAUUCAACACCUUGUUCUAGUCCAACUGAAAUUUCGUCAGAUGGUAGUAAAGAAAAGAGAAUAUCGGUUGUAUGGAAUCAUUGUAAGAAACGAAAAGUUGAAGAGGACUUGGUUGGUGAGUCUAAACAACAAGUGAGCAUGGACUGUUAUCAUUUUGAUCCAAACUUAGUGAGGAGGAAGCUUGCGAACAUGGUCAUCUUGCAUGAGUACCCUCUAAACAUGGUUGAACACAUUGGUUUUAGAGAAUUUUCAGCUUCUCUUCAACCAUUAUUUAAGAUGGUUUGUAGAAACACAUUAAAGAGAGACAUUUUUAAAAUUUAUGAUUAUGAAAGGGGGAAGACUUUUAUGGAGUUGGAGAAGAUUCCAAGUAGAAUUGCAAUCUCAACUUCAAUGUGGACUUCAAGCAACAAAAGGAGACAGUUUAUGCUAGUCAAAGCACAUUAUAUUGAUGACUCUUGGACGUUGGAAAGCCGGUUUAUGAGGUUUAUUUAUGUACCUUCUCCACACACAAAUGAAGUUCUUUCUAAUGCCCUUCUAGAUUGCUUAUUAGAAUGGAAUGUUGAUAGGAAGUUAUCUACUGUGGUUGUGGAUGAUUAUGGUACAACUGAUGCAAUGAUAAAAAUUCUCUUGGACAAGUUUCAAAUUAGUUCACUUAUAUUGCAUGGAUCAUUGUUGCAUAUGCGUUGUGCUGCGUAUAUUUUUAAUUUGAUUGCUCAAGAUGGUUUGGCUGUUAUUGGUGAAAGUAUUGACAAGAUUCGUGAAAGUGUACUCUUUUGGACAACAUCAAAAAAGAGAAAUAAAAAAUUUGAAGAAGCAGCAAGACAAUUAUAUAUUUCAAGCACUAAAGAGUUGAUUCUUGAUUCAAAGACUCAUUGGAACUCUACAUAUUUGAUGCUUUCUACUGCUUUAGUUUAUAAAGAUGUCUUUCUUCACUUGAGACAAUGUGAUUCAUCUUAUAAUUGCAUACCAAGUGAGAUUGAUUGGGAGGUAGUAAAAGAUGUUUGUGGUACAUUGGAAUUAUUUUACGACAUGACGAAGUUUGUUUCUGGUACUACCUACCCUAAAGCUAGCAUGUAUUUUCAUUACAUGUGCCAAGUGAAAAUAGAGUUAUCUGAAUGUAUCGUAUCUUCAAAUGAGGUGAUUAGGAAGAUGGCAUCAAACAUGUUGGAAAAAUUUGAUAGUUAUUGGAAUGUGGUUGACCGUAUCAUGGGUGUCGCUGCUGUCUUAGAUCCAAGAUUUAAGAUGAAGUUGUUAGAAUGGUGUUUCCCUACAAUUUAUGGCGACACAGCUUAUGAAGAAAUUGAGAAGAUUAGGAGAAUUUUCUAUGACUUGCUUGAGCAGUACCAUUCUAAGGAAAUGGAUAAAGAAGACAGUUUUGCUAAUUCUUCAUUCUGUAUGACAAAGGGUUCUCAAUCUAAGUCACUUUAUGAGUUUGAUUUGUUUGUUAGUAGUGAACUAAAGUGUAGGAAUGUGAAAUUAGAGUUUGAUCAUUACAUUGAGGAUGGAGUGUUGCCAAGAACCCCAAAUUUUGAUAUUUUGUCAUGGUGGAAGGGUAAUGGUGUGAAGUAUCCUACUUUGCAACGCAUUGCAAGGGAUAUUCUAGCUGUUCCGGUGUCAACAGUUGCCUUAGAAUCCCCUUUCAGUACUAAUGAGCGAUUGUUGGGUCCACACCGUAAUAGACUUCAUCCAAAGACAUUGGAGGCAUUGAUGUGUGCCCAAAAUUGGUUGCAAAAUGAAAUUAAAGGGUCUUCAUCUAAGCUAGAAGGUGGCACAAUCCAAACAAUUCUUGAUGAUUAUGAUGAUCUUGGCGUGGAAAGUGAUGACACUGAGCCUUUGGAAUGGAAUAGCUUUAGUUGUUUAUGAGUUUGGCUCCUUAUUUGGUGUUGUUCACAGUGCGGCAAUUCGGGAAAUUUUUAUAACAUGUUUGUAGUGUGAGAUGUUUGGUGGUUUGUAGUCUUUCAAUACUUAAAACCUGGUUUAUGAUGUUAUGGAUUUUAUGUUGAGACUUGGAUUAUUGCAUUAUUAUGUUCGCGGUCUAAAUUGUAUGUUUUUUACUUUUAUUUAUUUAUUUUUAAGAAUUUGUGCUUUUCUAUGAUUACCCUUAAAGAGGAUUUGUGUCUUGA